AAAAAUCCGUCACCCCACCGGCAGGCUGGCCACACUCGCCCAGGUUGAAGUUGAGCCGGGCGCGGAGCCGCUUCUCUUCUCCAGACCCAGCGGAGGAAACAGACUCGGCCCACAUCUUUCCUCCUGAUCCCGGCGCCGUUUUUAUCCCGGCCCCGCUCCACCGGACCCCGCAGCCGCUUCCUCCGCCUGCUGACGGCACGAUAAAGGCAGGUUCCCUCAUAGACAAAGACACUUGCUGAAUGAAAGUUUGUCUGAUUUCAGAGGAGCGGGCUGCGGUGGGGGGUUUCUGGGUGAGCGCACCGACUGCUGCUGGAUGUUACGCGCUUUAGGAUGUCCGCUUCUCUCCACUUCCAGCUCGGGGGUUAACAGCGAUGUCAGCGGAGACUCGUUUUGGAAAAUGAUUACUGGCAGCACCGACGGUAAAAUAAUGGUCAGAAGAUGUCUAGUAACGUUCAAACCAUUCAGGAUAUUCGUGGUAGGAGUUGGUUUCUUCAGCCUCUGCUUUCUAAUGACGUCUCUGGGGGGGCAGUUUUCAGCCAAGAGACUGGGGGACUCCCCUUUCACCAUCCGUGCAGAAGUGCUGGGAGGAGUGGAGUCACGCGGCGUGCUGAGGAAGAUCAGUGACAUGCUGGAGGUGAUUCUGAAGAGGAUGGACACCCUGUCCAAACUGGACAACAGCUCCACCACAGAUGUGAGACGUCUGGACGAGCUCAGCUUGGCUAUUAGCAGGUUUCAACCAGUUGGCCUGGUGGAGAGGAUCCAAGCUAUCGCUCAGAAUGUCUCCAACAUGGCUGUCAGGGUGGAGCAGAUCCUACAGAGCAGCAUGAUUCAGGGCAGAGUGGUGAGAGAAGGAACGAGUCAGUGUGAGGUGCCGAGAGACAGCCGCUUCCCCGAGUGCCCCGGAAAAGUGGAUUGGAUGCGUUCCCGGUGGACGUCAGACCCAUGUUACGCCUUCUACGGCGUUGAUGGUUCCGACUGUUCGUUCCUCAUCUACCUCAGUGAAGUGGAGUGGUUCUGCCCCCCACUGACAUGGAGGAACCGCACCAGUCCUCCCACCCAACAGACACAGCAGGCAAAGUCCCCAAACAGACAAGCUGCCUUCCGCACAGACCUUUCUGUGCUGCUGGAGCAGGUUGGGAGUGGAAAAGAGUCCCUGAGCUUCAUGAAGCGCCGAAUCAGACGCCUCGCUCAGCAGUGGGCAACAGCCGCGAACCGUCUGGACCUCAAACUGGGGCAAAGAUGGAGGGAUCAGAAGAAGAUCCUGGUCCAUGUGGGCUUCCUGACGGAGGAGUCUGGGGAUGUUUUUAGUCCAAAGGUACUGAAGGGGGGUCCUCUGGGGGAGAUGGUCCAGUGGGCUGACAUUCUCACGGCCCUCCAUGUUCUGGGACACAACCUCAAGAUCUCGAUGUCUGUUAAGGAGCUACAAGGGUUUCUGGGCGUCCCCCCAGGCAGAGGUAGUUGCCCACUUACUGGACCGUUGCCCUUUGACCUCAUUUACACGGACUACCACGGCCUACAACAAAUGAAGCAACACAUGGGACUCUCACUCAAGAAACACAAAUGUCAUAUCAGAGUUAUCGACACAUUUGGGACAGAACCUGCUUACAAUCAUGAGGAAUAUGCAACCCUACAUGGCUACCGGACCAACUGGGGCUACUGGAACCUGAUCCCAAGGCAGUACAUGACCAUGUUCCCCCACACACCAGACAAUUCCUUCAUGGGCUUCGUCUCAGAGGAGCUGAACGAGACGGAAAAGAGGAGCAUCACGCAGAACAAAGUCAACAACAUGGCUGUGGUUUAUGGGAAGGAAGCCAGCAUGUGGAAGCUCCAACAGGGCAAGGAGAGCUUUAUGGAGAUCCUGCACAGGUACAUGGAGGUCCAUGGCACCGUGUACUACGAGACCCAGAGACCUCCAGAGGUGCCCCCAUUUGUAAAGAACCAUGGUCUGCUGCCCCAACACGAGCUGCAGCAACUGCUUCGCAAAGCCAAGCUCUUUAUUGGCUUCGGGUUCCCAUAUGAAGGCCCAGCCCCACUCGAGGCAAUAGCUAAUGGUUGUAUUUUCCUGCAGCCAAAGUUCCAGCCCCCCCACAGCUCAUUAAACCAUGAUUUUUUUAGAGGCAAACCCACAUCUCGAGAGGUGUUUUCUCAGCACCCGUAUGCCGAGCAGUACAUCGGUAGACCUCAUGUGAUGACAGUGGACUACAACAACUCCUUUGAGUUUGAUUCUGCGAUUCAGGAAAUCAUGAAGAUCAAGGUGGAGCCUUACCUGCCUUAUGAGUACACGUGUGAAGGGAUGCUGGAGCGAGUGCACGCCUACAUACAGAACCAGGAUUUCUGUGUGCCCGAGCCUCCCUUCAUUCCAACCAACCUCUCCUUGCCCAGAUCUGCUUCUGGCAGCAGGAUGCUUGGACCUCUGUUUGUACCCCUUCCCAACUCCACAGCUCUUGGCUGGGCACCCAACAUGAUGGCCCCCGCUGCCUGGCCUCCUCUUAGCUCCCUCAGACUGCUCGUGUCUCAGGAGGGCCAUUCUUGCGUGGAAGCCUGCCAUUCAGCUGGCUUCGUCUGUGAACCUGCUCACUUCCGCUUCAUUAACAACAAGGAGGCUCUAAGAGGUUUGGAGGUGCAGUGUGAGGUCGUGGAUUCUGAGAUCAACCACGUCCUCCCAGCCUUCUCUGUGAUGCGACGGGAGUGUGGCCUCCAGCGGGAACCUCUACUCUUCAGCUGUGCGGGGUACUCCCCUAAAUACAGACGUCUCUGCCCCUGCAGGGACUUUCGCCCCGAGCAGGUGGCGCUUUGCAGAGACUGCCUAUAACGACAGGACAUGACAAGGAAGAACACAAAUGAAAUCAAUGCUGAUUUUGAAGGACUUUGAAGAACUUUUCCUGAAAAGCUGCUGGGUUUUAGAUAACCAUAUUUUAUAUGACAGGGUUCCUACAAAAUACCUGGAAUGGAAAGUACUUAGACAAGAGCAAACUCCAAACAUAAGCCCCAACAUUAGCACCACCGUGAUAUUUACAAAACUUACUGUUCUGGAAAUGCAGCUCCACAAUGCUGGGAAGGUGGCAUCAAAGGUGACAGCUUUAGGUCAGAAUCCAACCUCCUCUCAGAGCUUGGACAAAAGGAUGAUGGACACCAAGGAUAGCUCUUCUUCUGUUUGUCCCCUUUUGCAGUGAUGGAUAUUUCUCAUAACGUAACCCGUGUGAGGCAGUCGACUUUGAGAAGAAAAGGGCAGGUCACCAGAUUAUUUUUCAAUAAAGACUUCAAAACUCUCAGCUGGAUUUUUUAAAUUGAUCUUUAGGUUUUGUGAUGGAAAAUAAAAGGGGAAAAAUCAGUGGUUCAAA